AUGGAUUUCCUUGCGGCAUGUGAAGACCUUGCUGCCAACGUUGCAGCAUUUGACUUUGUUGAUGGUCCCUCCGAUGUCUCUGAAUCCGAUCAGUCAAUAUGGCAGGCUCUUUUUGAUCUCUCCUCCGACGAAGCUGUCGAAGCCAUUCGAAACUGGAGGGCCGACUUCGCUCGCCCGACGCUCUCGCAGGAAGCAUGGCUCGUAGUCAAAGAAGCCAAAACCUCUGAGGGAUUCAACAAGGAGUCAUACGAAUAUAGCAUAUUCAAAGAACAAGAGGCUCGCAAGAAAUCACGCGAAUCAAGCAGUGGCUCAGUGGCCGCGAACGGGGGUGCGCAAUAUCUUGUCAAGCUAGAGGCGGAAGCUGCCGAUACGGAAAUACUCUGCCGACUACCCAAGAGACCGAAUAUUCUCACGGGGUUGGACGACGACGGUAACACGACCAAAUUCUGCCUGCUAUCCGGUGUAGACAAGUCCGAGCUCUUGAAGGGUCUGCCGAAAACACGCCAGCCAACCUUGAUCCGCGUAUCCAUUGCACAGAAGGCUCUAUCCUCAACCUCUCUCUAUCCAACGCUUGGAUUUGACACCACCAUGCCGCAGUUUCGACCUGCCAAUUCGCCUUUGCCUCCUCCGUCAGCUCGACCAGGACAAGACGAGUAUCCAGUCUGGUACUUUUUUUAUGGCACUCUUGCCGAUGCCGGCAUCCUUUCACGCAUCAUAGGCCUUGGCAAAAAGGACGGAGAAACCCAGGUCGAAUACAAACGAGCCCGCAUUCGCCGCGGUAAGCUCUCUACGUGGGGGGGGAAAUAUCUGGCUUUGGUAGAUGCGGACCAAGAUUCCACUGUGGACGGAUGCGCAUAUCAGGUGAAGGACCAGAAUCAGGAGGAUUCACUCCGGGUGUACGAAACAGGCAAAUAUGAAGUGGUCCGGUGCACCAUGGAAGUGUUGGAUGGAGACGGGGGGUUUCUUCAGGGACUCACCUUCAGGCUCGCCUAG